AUGGAUGAUUUCAUUACUGCUGUCCGAGAAGGAAACACCCAGCGUAUCCAUGAUUUUCUCGAAAAAUGGGAUGGCAGUAUCAAUGACAGUGAGGAACAUGGAUUUACUGCCUUACACUGGGCUGCUAAAGAUGGGCGAGAAACUGUUGUCGAUCUACUCAUUGCUCGAGGUGCCAAUGUCCAUAGUACCAACAUGGGCGAGGAUACUCCAUUACAUUUGGCUGCAAGUUGUGGCCACUUGCUAAUCAGAAAUAGGGCUAGUGUUAAUGCAGUCAACGAACAUGGAAAUACUCCUUUACAUUAUGCAACUUUCUGGGCCUAUAGAAAUGUUGUUCGGGAAUUGUUAAAUCAAGGCGCUGUUGCUGCUCAAGCUAACAAAUAUGGGAAAACACCAAUCGACUUUGCGUACGGUGAACUAAAACAAGAAUUGAAAUCUCAUGCAAAGUCUUUGAAGCAACCUCUGUCUCCUAAACCUUAUGUUGCAUCAACUUUAACCAACAAAAUACACAAACCUUGGGUUGCUGGUUCGGAAAUUUUGCUAUCUGAAGUAUUAUUUGAUAGUCCAUUAGGCGAGUUAUGGACAGGAAGUUGGUCUCAAGUUGAAAUAGUUGCAAGAAGAUACAUCGUCGGAGAUAUAUCCAAUAAAAUGAUACGAGAAAUUCCAGAAGAAAUAGCAAAGCUAAAAUCCUCUUUUCAUCCAAACGUCCAACCCAUUCUUGGUAUUUGUCAGCAAGCUCCUUCUAUAUUCGUACUGAGUGAAUAUAUGCCACAUGGAUCAUUGUUUAAUGUAUUACAUCAAUCAACGGACAUAGAAGUAGACACAGCUCAAGCCCUAAAAUUUGCUACUGAUAUUGCAAGGGGAAUGGCGUAUGUGCACGGAAUCAAGCCAAAUUUACCAAGGCUAAACUUAUCCCCUAGGCAUAUUCUGAUCAGCUCGGAUCUUACUGCUAAAAUUAGUUUAUCAGAUAUAAAAUUUUCAUUUUUGGUUAAUGAAAAAAUUUACUAUCCUCAUUGGAUAUCACCUGAAGCAUUACAAGGGGAGUUAGACGAUGACGCAACCAAAUUAGCUGAUAUGUGGAGCUUCGCUAUAAUUCUAUGGGAAUUAGCAACUCAAAAAGUUCCAUAUGCAGGCUUAUCGCCAAUGGAAAUUGGAUUAAAGAUUGCUUUAGAACACAUGCAACCACGAAUACCUUCAAGUAUGUCAACCCACAUAUCUAAGCUAAUAAAAAUUUGUUGGAACGUUGAUCCAGUUAAAAGACCACGAUUUGAUAUGAUUAUACCAAUUUUAGAAAAAAUGUAA